AUGUUUCAAAUUUUUGCAAUGUUUUGCAAUUGCUAUGUUUCCUAUAGACAACAUCAAAAUUAUAUAAGUUGCCCACACAAAACAACCAACUCACAUUUGAACAAUACAAAACACACUAAUGAAGAAUCAAAUUAUGAAAGAAUGAACAUUAAGAUAUCAAAUAAUGUAGAAACUGGAUAUGUAAUACCAAAUAAAGAUUUGUUCAGUGAAGAGUCUGAUUGUGAAGCAUUCAACGAAGAAGUAUUCAAUAAUAAAGAAUUUGACGAUAAAGAAUUUGAUGAUGAAGAAUUUGACUAUGAAGCAUUUAACGAUAAAGCAUUCAAUAAAGAAGUAUUUAGCAGUGAAGAAUCUGACAGUGAAGCAUUUGACGAUGAAGAAUUUGAUGAUGAAGAAUUUGACAGUGAAGCAUUUGAUAAAAUGUUAAUAGAUUCUAUAACAGAAACGCUAAAUAAAAAAUCUGAUAAAAUUAUUGACGAAGCAUUAAACAUCGAAGAAAUGCCUUCUAUUAGUGGAGAAUUUUCCCUAUAUUUUAAAAAUCUUACUGAAGUAUUAAUGUUUUGCUGA